GGUAACACCGCCAUUUUGAAAUCGCCCGAAGUUUCUUUCCGUGGAGUGUGUGUGUGAGUGUGAGAGCAAGAAAGUUCCGGUCACACGUGUACCUCUGUUUCUGGUGAUUUUAGUAAAAUUUCUUGUGUUUUAAGGAACUGUAUUAAAAAUUAAUCAUGGUCCUCGUUCCUGCGAAAACAACAAAACGGAAAACUACUGUAGCUCAAUCUUCUCCUGCUAAAAAAACCAAAGUUACUCCUGCCAAGAAAGGAGCUGCUGCCAAAACAAAAGCUGGAGCUAAGAGAGGCUCGCCCAACAAGAACAACGCUGAAGAUGAAGAAAACGAAGAAGUAGAAGAACAGACUGAAGAAGUUGAGGAAGAAGGUUCAGGAAAUGAAGAAGAAGUUAAGGAAGAAGGCGAUGAGGGUGACGAAAAUGAGGAAGGUGACGAAGAAGGUAAUGAAGAGGGAGACGAGCAGGAGAAUGCAGGUGAAACCACAGCUGAAGGUGAGGGUGAAACCAAAACAGAGCCAGCCCCAUCACUAAUUAAAAAAGGAACUGGACCAUCUAAGCUAGAGGCCUACGUUUUCCAGAACCUCAACCCACACACCUCCAUUGCUGAUGUACAUAGAGUCUUGAGAGCCAACUCAAUUGACACAGGACUUGUGAAUGCCAGCAUUGUAGUAGAAUUUAAACCAAAUGUACCUAAGAAUUUCUUGGAAAGUGCUGCAAAAAUUACAUUUGGCGGUGAGAAUGAAAAGUUCACGGUUGGGAAAUACAAGCCUUUGGAAAUCAGUGAAUACAUUGACAAUAUCCCCCCACCUUCAGUUAACUUUAAGCAGUGGCUUAAGAUCUCAGUACUCGACCUCGAUGAAGGAACUACUAAAGAGGAAGUAAAAGAAAUAGUUGAGAAUGUCGUCGGCGAGGAAGUGAAAGUAGAAACUGGAAAUGCCACAUCCAUGGUCAUCACUUUCCAAUCAGAAAAAUCCUUUGGUAAACUCCUAGUUCAUGAUGAUCUGAAAGUCAAAGACAAAGCUGUCCGGCUGAAGAUCCCAUUCGUAACCAACAUCACACGGAACAACAACCGACGCUCAGAUUUCAGCCCAAGGAAAAACGGUGUCUCCGGCAGCCCAAUCCGAGGUGGUCGAGGAGGUAACGUUGGAGGUGGUUUUGGCGGUGGACGAGGAGGCGGUGGUUUCUUCGGUGGCCCGAAGCGCGGUGGUCGUGGAGCAGCCCGAAUGGGCGGUGGCUACGGUGGAUAUGGUGGUUACAUGCGUCCUUACUAAAUUUAGAGCUAGGUUAUUUAUUGUAUUGUAAGCUUUUAUACUUGUGAUUCAAUUAUCCUCUUUUAUAAUUUGAAGUAGCUCUAAGUCAAUCUACCGCGCGGUUCUUGCAAUAUCACUGUAACUUUGCCUAGCUCAGAGGUGUGAAGCAGUGUUGCGUGAAGAAUUUCGAAGGUGAGGGUCCGACCUAGCCUAUGUUGAACACAGUGCAUAUUUGUCAACUGGGAUGAGAGAAUAGUAACUUGUUUUCUUUCUAUCGGGCCAAUUACAAUCAAGCUGAUAAAAAGUUUUUCAAUUUAUCAGUUCAGUGGGUAAAAUGCAACUUUUAAAGAAGUUUUCUCUCAGUGAUCGACUCAUUCCAAUUUUUUUUUUUUUUUUUUUUUUACCAAGUCACAUAAACUCAGAAUUAUUCGUGUAAUCUCUGCAGAAGGUAGCCCACUAAGACAAAAUGAAAGUAAAAUUUGACAAGUUUAGUUGAGGCUAUCAGUAUGCGAAAGAAACUUGUCCACAAUCUGGAUGUUCUCAGUAAAUGAUUCAUAAUGUACUUAACUCGCAUUUUUUUAAACAACCAGUUAUUUUCUUAUGAGGUUGUACAAAAAUUGAGUAAAUGGAUUCAUUAUAUUCGUGGAGGUCCUUAUAUUCUUCAUGGAAUAUUAUGUUUCUUAAGGUCCUCUGAGCAAGAUUGGGUCAAGUCAAAUUUUACUCUCGUCCCAGAGAAUUCUUUCCUUUUCUCUCCCUCGUAAUUCUUUUAGCAAUAUAAUUACGUGAUUAAAUAUUUGACUUUCAAGUGGAUUAUUCAAUGAUUUCCUGUGGUUUGUCCAAAUAUUUUAACAGUAAAUCUGAUUUUCUUGUAUUUUUUACCACUCAUCCCCUGUUGUGAAUUUGACCAUUCAUGUUAUUUUAAUGCUCAGUUCCUGUGAGAGAUAAUUUACAGAAAUGUUAAUCUCAAGCUCAGGCUCUAAUUUGCAGAUAUUAAACCUUGACCAGAAUCCAUCUAUUUGUUUUCUUGAACUUGACGCAGUGGUAGUAAUCCUAAAAUGUCUGGUGUUCCUAGACGUGAGAUAAUCAUUAUUUUAUCUAUCUAGAAAUAUAAAAAAAUCACUCCAUUCGUCUCAUUUGUAUUCGGCAGACAAAUUUUUACAAUGAGGAAAGGUGGAGCAAAGCGUGAGAGGAAAGCGGAUUGUACAUUUACUAAUCAGCUUUGUAAAAUUGUUCCAGCACAGGUGGUUCCUCUUUGAUCACUGUAAACAGAUGAAAUUUUUGAAUAUUUCAGAAAAGGUUAUUGAAAUCCACUCAAUAAUAUUAUGAAGCAGUACAUUUUUCCUUUCUUUCAAAUCUCUCCUCCUUUUGAUCCACCUUCGCUUUCUGUAAAAUUUGCUCCAUUGUGAAGAAUCAAUUACUCUCAUUUUAAUUAAGUUUUCUGUCCUCUAAGUCUUAGAAAGUGAAUAAUUUAGUCGCCAUGAUGCAAGUAGGGUAUACAAUUCUCAAUGUAUUAUGUAAGUCGAAUUUUAUUUUAAUUAAACCUAUCUGUAGACUAAUUUGAUGUGUAACAAUCCAUAUGUCAAGUUCAUUAAAAAUCACAUUUCAGUUCAUUUGUAA